AUGCAUGGAGCGUCGCCGGCAGCCGCGCCCUGGCGCUCUGCUGGUGCUGCUGAUCCUCCUGACGGCGCUGGCCUUUGGUCCUGUGUGGCCACGCGGCAGUGCGGCUUCACGCGCAACUGGUCCACCAAGGAGUACUGCUUCCAGUGCGGCCGCGACCGGCAGGGCCGCCCAGGCCCCAACCCCCCGCGGGCGGCGGGGCGGCGGAGCAAUUCCCGCGCUGGCUCUGCUGGGGCUCGCUCUGCUGGUCAACGCCCUCAACCGGCGGGCGGCGCGGCGCCGACCAACGCGCAGCCUUCGGCGGCUGAGGCGGCUGCGGACGGCGUCCGGCGCUGUCGCCAGGCUGUGGCCAGCCUCCGCCGUCUGGGCUUCGCGGAUGAGAGCGCCGUGCUCGCCGCGGCACGGGGUGACCUCGAGAAGGCAGAGGCCGCGGAGCGGGCCACGCGCAGCCCCGACGACCUGUACCGCAGCGCGCUGGACCGCAUGCAGGCUCGGGCAAAGGAGGUCACAGCCUUGGAGGGAGAGGUGCGUGGCCUGGCGGAGCAGUUUGAGAGCAAGCGUCAAGCCCUCGCCACAGCCCAGGUCGACCUCGCCAAUCUGCAGAACGAGGUCGCCGGUGCCAGGGCGGCGUGCGCCGCCGCGGCUCAGGCUUCCGCUGCACCUGCGGACCCCGGCGAGUUGGCCGCGGCCCUGGGGCGCGUGCAGACCCUCUUGGCUGCCGCCCCGCAGGCCCUCCAGGCGGGCCGUCGCACCGACCUCCUGCAGUCCAUCCAGGAGCACUUCGACGUCCUGGCGGGACACCUCCCGCAGCAGGCCCUGGCCGCCCCCGGCACGCCUGGCGCCGCGGCGGGUCACCGCACCGCCUCCAGCUUGGCCAGCUUCAACGGGUCGUGCUGGCCCACAUUCCAGGGUUUCCUCAAGGCAGGCGCCGGUGGCGCAGCCGUGGCCGUCGGCCAGGAGCUCAAGCUCGACGGCGACGAGCUGUUACGUGCCGAGGAAUGGUGUCGAGGAUGCGGCUGGCAGCCCUUCAUCACACCCUGUGCCCGGACGCAGCUGGGCGAAGCUUCGGCCGGCGUGGGCAUCUUCGUGAGAUCCCACAUUUCGGCGACGAUGCUCGAGGGCUGCCCGACCCUGUUGGGGCACUCGGCGGUCCCAGCCCGUGCUGUUGCCAUCCACGUGGACUUCGCCAUGACGGGCGGCAUCAUCAUCUUGGGUGCAUACUUUCAGCACGGCAUCGGCAUGACAGGCUCCAAUGCGCAGCUGCUGUUGCGGAUCGGCGAGAUCUUGGCGCACUUUGACCGCCCCUACGCCCUGGCGGCGGACUGGAACGUGGCUCCAGAGGUCAUCGAGCGCUUGCAGUUUCCCACGAGGCUCGCGGGUGGGCUGGCCUACUGGCCGCCCCGGCCGUGGCUGGAGGGCAUGGGGGCUGACGCCGCCAGAGGGCCCACGAAUGAUCCGCACGAGCAGCAGCGUCGCGUGGACGCCCUCUUCACCAGUUUCGCCAAGUACGCCGAGGACGAGCGUCCCCGGGCGAGGUCCCUGCGUCUGUUGCAGCAGGCCCUCGACGACGUGGCUGGCACCAAGGCGUGGCUGGGCGGCCCCUUCCCGCUGCCAGCCUGGCGGCGACUCAUCUCGCUCCUCGGCCCCGAGGGUGCCAGAGGCACGUGCAGCUGGAUUGAGCCCGCCGUCAUCGACACCACGGCGCGGGCAUUGCAGCUCAUUGAGGGCCAGACGGCCCUCGUGGCAUUGAUCCUCUUGGGUGGCCUCGAGCGCUGGCUUGGCACCAUGGCGGCCGUGGAGGAGCGGCAAGCCGCCGAUGGCCGCCGCCAAGCCUUCUUGGCGUGGGCGCGCAGGCAGAUGGCCCUGGGCGCACGUGCGCUGCACUGCUCCACGAAGCCACGCGGCUGGUGCCUGGAGCAGUUCAACUACGGUGGCGCUCCAACGGCGUCACCGCAGGCGGUGGCCGAGCAUCAGAUGGAGGGGUGGGCCAAGAUCUGGAAUGCCCACUCCGUCACGGCUCCUGCCACUUGGGACGACAUCUGCGGUGACCAAGGCCCACCCGAGGCCUCUCCCGGCGACCUCGUCGGGCCUCCGGAGGCUUCCCUGCAGCGCCCAGCGGGCCUGGGCGACCCGUCAGUCCCGCCCGCUGCCGCGGCGCCCCCGGCAGGCGGCCAGUUCGCGGACGCGGACGAGUUCCAGCAGCUGCGGGACAUCAUGCGCGGCUGCGUGGAGCCCCUCCAGCCGCUGUCCGCGCAGCGCCUGCGGGACGCCGCGCGCACCUUCCCGCG